AAUCACAUUUUUCUUUCUCAUUUCAUUUUUUGUGCCUCUAAACCUGCAGAAAUGGCUAAAGCAGCUUUGUUUUUUUGCGUGAUGAUGAUCGCGUUCUCGCUAAGCAAUGUUUGUGAAGCUGCUACAGAAAUCGGUGUGUAUCAACUGCGGAGAGGCGAUUUCUCUGUCAACAUCACUAACUAUGGCGCCACCGUCAUCUCCGUCGUGGUUCCCGAUCGGAAUGGCAAGUUGGAUGACAUAGUUCUCGGUUUUGGAUCCGUAGACGGUUACAAGAAUGAUACAACCUACUUUGGUGCCCUUGUCGGCCGCGUUGCUAAUAGAAUCUCAGGCGCGCAAUUCACCCUCAACGGCGUAGUCUACAAACUGCCAGAUAACGACAAUGGAAACACUCUCCAUGGUGGUAAGAUAGGAUUCAGUGAUGUGGUGUGGACAGUCCAAGAACACAUAGAGAACAGCCACAUAACUCUAACUUACAACAGCCACGACGGUGAACAAGGAUUUCCUGGUGAAGUAUCUGUAAUGGUGACAUACCUCUUCGUAGGAUCAAACAAGCUCGCGAUAAAGAUGGAAGCCAAGCCACUCAACAAGCCAACCCCAAUCAAUCUAGCCUCCCACACAUACUGGAAUCUCGGUGGCCAUGCAAAUGGCAACAUCCUGUCUCACAAGAUCCAGCUCCUCGCUUCCAAGAUCACACCCGUGGAUGACAAACUCAUCCCAACGGGCGCAAUCUCCUCUGUCAAGGGGACGCCCUACGACUUCCUCCAGCAUCGGGAGAUAGGGAGCAGGUUGGAUGAGUUGGCCGGAGGGUAUGACAUCAACUAUGUCUUGGACAGGGAAGGGGCAGGGAGGCAUCUAACGAAGGCGGCUGUCGUGCUCGAUGAGGGGUCGGGGAGGAAGAUGGAGCUGUGGACUAAUCAGAUUGGGGUGCAGUUUUAUACAAGUAAUAUGUUGGGUGAUACUGUGGGGAAAAAUGGGGUUGUUUAUAGAAGGUAUAGUGGAUUGUGCUUGGAGACUCAAGGGUAUCCUGAUUCUGUUAAUCAGCCUAAUUUUCCUUCACAGAUUGUGAAUGUGGGGGAGAGUUAUUUGCAUGUUAUGGUUUAUAGGUUUACAGCUAGUUAACAUAGUAGUAGUACUAUGUGAUUGUGCUGUUAUGUUGAAUAUUUGUGUGUUUUGGUAGCAAUCUAUAUAUGAAAAAUAUUUUUGUACUA